CUCCCCAUGAUCGGGUUCAGUUACAAACCACGUAUAGUGGCAUGAGUUGAGUACUGGCGAAAAAUAAAGAGAAAUCGACGAAGAAUCAAAAGUUCAGUACCAGAGAGAAGACUUCUUCUUCUCUCUUAAUUGCCUGAGCAAAGCAGUUUGGCCUGGAAUUUACGAGUAUUCAAACCCCAGUUUAUCUAAAAUAAAUUUUGAAGACCCAGAAAGGAAUUUCCAAAAAAAAAAUGAUGGGUAUCAGGCUGUUUGCGGCUGCAAUCAUUGUGUAUAGAAAAUUCAGUACCAAAAGUAUUGGGAAAAUCAGUUAUGAGUCUCCCAAAAAGGUGUACAAAAGUAGAAAGAAGAAGAGUUAUGAUGAUAAUAAUAAUAAUAAUAAACCCAAAUGGACUGAUCAACAAGAGAAGAUUAUAGAUGCUGUUAAAAGGCAUAAAUCAGUGUUCAUCACUGGCUCUGCUGGGACUGGAAAGACAUUCUUGCUAAAUCAUAUUAUUAAGUUAUUGAGAAAGCAAUAUAAGCCAUCACAAGUUUUUGUCACUGGCUCUACUGGUGUUGUUGCUUGUGCUAUUAGAGGACAGACUCUUCAUUCUUUUGCAGGUAUUCAUAGCCAAAAGUGUGAUAAAGAAGAUAUGCUUAGGUGUGUCUUAUUAAAUAGGAAGGCUAGUUCAAGGUUUAGGACAGCGAAGGCAUUGGUUAUAGAUGAGAUUAGCAUGGUUGAUGCUCAACUGUUUGAGAAUCUUGAAUUCGUUGCUCGAAAAAUUCGAGGGGAUGAUUCGAGUUGGGGUGGAAUUCAGCUUGUUGUUAGUGGUGAUUUCUUUCAGCUUCCACCAGUUAAAAGCAAAAGGAUUGGUGAUGAUGAUGAUGAUAAACAAUUUGCUUUUGAAGCAGAUUGUUGGGACUCAAGUUUUGCUUUACAAGUUGAACUUACCAAGGUUUAUAGGCAAUCAGAUCCUCAGUUCAUCAAGUUCCUUCAGAAUAUAAGGAUUGGUAAGCUUGGUGAAGAAGAGGAAGAGUACUUUAAACGGUUGCAAUCUUCGGCCGCAAUGGAUUCUAAAGCAAUGCUAGCUGUGCAGGUCUAUCCCAUGAAUAAAGAUGUAAGUAGAGUGAAUGAAGAGAGAAUGAAAAGUUUAGGUGAUGAAGCUUUUGUUUUUAAAGCCAUUGAUAGUGGCAGUGACAUCAAACGUUGCAGGAAACAACUUGAUCAGGCAACCCCUUCUGAGCUUAGUUUGUGUUUAGGUGCCAGGGUAAUGCUGACCAAGAAUUUAAACACUUGGCGUAAUUUUGUGAAUGGUGCCACUGGUGAGAUUGUGGAUUUUUCAAGGAUUGAUGUUGUUGGUGUGGGUGAUGAGGAUAAGGAUGAAGAUGAAGAUAUAGAUACUGACCCAAAUACUGAGGAGAAAGACAUUGCUACAAUAUGUCAGGAUGGGCUACUACCGGUAGUGAAGUUCGACUCGGGGAAAACGAAGGUGAUUGAACCAGUAACAUGGCAGGUUAAAGAUGGAGAUAAUAUUGUUGCAGAAAGAAAGCAGCUGCCUCUCACUUUGGCAUGGGCUACAAGCAUUCACAAGUGUCAAGGGAAGACUAUUGACUUCAUUAAGGCCGAUUUGUCUAAUGCUUUUGAGUACGGUAUGCAUUAUGUAGUCAUGUCUCGUGCCAAAAGCCCCGAAGGACUUUUUGUAACUGGUUUGGAUCCCGCCAAGAUUAAGGCACAUCCGAAGGUACUGCGCUUCCAUGAGAAGAAGCUUGCUUCUGAAAAGAAUGAGAAAUCUGAGGAAGAUAGCACAACUGCACCACUUGCUGUGUCACAUACAAAAUUCCAUUUCUCUCUCUGAGUUUCUACAGAACAGGCCUUAGAACACUUAAUCUUCUUUGUAAAUAUUUUACUUGUUUCCCUUUUUCAAAUCUGUAAAUAGUAAAUACAGAACAAAAUGAAUUUCUUUAUUUCUUUCAAA